AUGACGCGUCAUAAACGACCUCAUUCAUCUGAUCGUUGUACUGAUGAUGAACAUUCACGUUCAUCAUAUUAUCAUAAAUCUCGUCGACGUUCAUCAAUAAAUAAUGACACAAACAGUUCAAGUGAUAGACAAAAAAAUAGUCGAUCAAGAUCCACAUCUUCGUCAAUAUCAUCGUCAUCUUCAUCUACUGCAUCAUCAUCAUCUCGAUCAGAUGAUUCUGCUCGACGAACUAGUUCCCGACAUCGUCAUUCAGGACGAAAACAUGAUAGUGAACGACGACGACGACGACGACAAGAUCAUCAUCAUCGUCGACGAACAAGAUCACGAUCAAAACGACGGUAA